UUCUUUUUUUUUGGUUUCUUCUCGGGCUGCUGCACAGCUGCUGCUUCUUUAAGAGCCACCGCCCGCCCCCUCUCCUGUAUUUUUAGCUGAGCCAGCCACUUCAUUUGCUGGAUAAGACAGACAGUUGUGUACCGUAUGAUCUCACUUAAUCGUUUUAAUAAAUGACAUCAAAUCGUAUACUGCGGAUUCGCCGUGGGCCUGCAGCCAGCUGUUCCCUGGAAAUCUGCUCCAGGGCAGACAUUUGUCCCGCCGCUGUCGGAUGCUGAGACGCGCAGUGAGCCUGUGGAUGCCUGAUGUCCAUUAUGAAACGCUGCGCUGGGUACCAAAUAUGAGGCGCAGCGCUGGUGAGAUCAAAUGAAUUAGAAGAAAUCAAUUUAGCUGCAAAAUCUCGCUGCGCUGCGGACGGUUCAAGGUGGUCCGAGCAUCUUUUCUCCUCAGCCCUCCGCUUCCUCUUCUCUUGGACUGUGGAUAACAAAAAGCCUUCAAGACGGAGGGGGUGGUGGAGCAUCGAGGAAAAAAUAGGGGCAAUAUGAGAGAGCGGGACUUCAUGCCCAAUAUGGAGAGGGGCAAACCUGCUACUUAUACAGGGGACAAAAAGGCUAAGAUGGCUGCUAAGACUAACAAGAAGUGGGUGAGACUAGCCACUGUUUUUGCAUAUGUGUUGUCCGUGUCCUUAGCAGCCAUUAUUCUGGCAAUUUACUACAGCCUGAUCUGGAAACCGACCAGCGCAUCCUCCUCUGCCGGGAAGCAAGGGGCGACUGAGGAGGGCAACCCCGCCGCAAACAUCUCAACUAAUAUUUCCACGAGCAACAAUGUCUCGGAGUGGAACUCUACCACACAGACACGGCUGCUGUCUCUCAACCAGAGCAGGCUGGGCUCAACCCCGCACAGUCAGGCGUUUCAGUGGGACGACAGAGCCGAGAGGGUGGCCGCCGAAAUUGCGCACACGCCGCCGCAGCAGCAGCAGCAGCAGCGGGAGGAGCAGGACGGACUCUACGCGUCUUCCCACGGUCACACAAGCGCGGAGAGAUCGAGCACUUUGGGGACGUCUCGCCCGCAUGUGAGCCGCUACAUCCCCAGCACCGGGAAGUCUGUCACUGCCGAGGACCAGGAGGAGGAAGAGGAGGAGGAGGAGAGGGAGGCGCACCGGCGAGCAGCGACCGACGACCCCGGGCAGGAGGCUGCAGGUGCGGCCACGUUGCCUCCGACCUAAGCAGACGAGCUUUAGAGGAUCGGGCCUCAUCCCCCUCAUCACCACUCACCCUCUCACAUCUGAACUGACCCCUCAAAUAGGAGUGUUUGACAUACUCAGUGCCGCAGGUCGGAUAAUACACAGGUUCUUAAAACUGCAGAGCCCCACAUGGAUGCUGAACUGCACAUACUGAACUGAUUAUCUCGCUUUUUUGGCUGAGAAAAGAGGAGAGCUCUUUUCGUCUGUGAACAGUUUCCCCCUUAACUAUGCGUUUUUUUUCUCUUUCAUUUUUGUUCUAGGCCAUCUGUAUGCCUUAAAUCAGUGUGUGUCUACUUUACCUCGGACAGCUCUUGAGGCCACUAACCUGCCUGUACGUGUGGACAACACCGAUAUAGAUAUUUUGUUAAAUUGAUAGGACACAGGCUCGAGAGAUACUUUUGGUCUUGCAGGAUGUGUCUCACAGGCAUAACAGCGCUUAACAUCACUGCCAUUCAUCGGAGGGUUUUAAUCAAUACUGCAUUAUUGCAUUUUAACAUAUAGGCUGUAUUUUUUUUCCAUGGCUCAAACCCUGGAUUCCGACUAGAAGGACCUGCAUUAUUGAGUUAUGCUCAGGUAUGUGCAUAUAACCAUGUAAAUGUAUUGUGUAUUUGGUUAUGUACAUAUUGGGCAGGCAUACAUCUUUUGGCCUUGAUUAACUUUUAGUGUAAUUAGAUGAUUUUUAUUAAAGGUACAGUACGUAUAAUAGGUAUAACUAUAUCACAAGGUACAAAUAAACACUUUUAGACAAUGA